AUGGAACGUACUGGCUGUUAUAGUCUGUCGGGUUAUUUAUCACUGAAACCUUGUGGAGCAUUAAGUCUUGUUCGUCCUACUCGUCGUUAUUGGUGUGCAUUUAACGAAUCGACUCAAAUAUUAGAAUUUUAUCAAUCCGAGUGUGAUUUAAUUAGUAAUAAAAUUCCUAUUGAAAGUAUAUCAUUAUAUCGAGCUGCUAUAACUUUAAGUACAACUGAAGAACAUGUCUUUAUUAUUUUAACUAAUAAUAAAGAGUAUUAUUUACGAGCUGAAAAUCAUGAAGCAUUAAUGAUUUGGUUGCUUGGAUUACAGACAAAACGUGAUUCAUGUAUACCAUCUAAUAAUGGAUCAUUAAUACAUGAAAUACAUUCAGGAUUUGAUACUGAUGAAAUUAUUAAUAAUGAAGAUGUUUGGCAUAUUCAUCAAUCGGAUAGUUUACUACCAACUGAUUUUUUACAUCCAAGAAUGUUUAUUACCGAACGAUCUAAUCUAUAUGAUUUUUCUAGUGAAGAUGAAAAAUAUCGUCCUACUUCAACAAUUGAUAGUGCUACUCGAAAAAUGAGUUUAUCAUCUAACACAGGUGUUCAUCUUUGUCAUACAUGUACAUUAUCAUUAUGUUCAAACUGUCGUUCAACAUUUCUUCGAUCAUCAGAGUUAUUAAAAGAAUCAACUCCAAAUCGAAAUGGUUCAUCUAGUCAUUCAAUUGAAUCAACAGAUUCAGCUUUUUGUGAUCAACGUUUAUUAGAUUUAAAUGAUGGAUCAAUUCAACAAAAUAAUUUACAAGAAACUUUAUUAACAUUAAAAUGUGAAUUAGCUUCAUUAAUAAAUAAAGAAAAUGUUUAUCAAAUAAUUAUCAAAGAAAAAACAGAAGCAAUACGUAAACUUGAAAAUCAAUUAUCUGAUAUUCUUCAAUCAGAAACAUCAUGUAACAAACAUCAAACUAUUUCGAAAAUAUUUCAUGAACGAAGUCGAGAAACUAAUAAUGAAAUUAAAUUUCUUCAUUGUGAAAUAACAAGAUUGCAUGGAAUUAUUCGUGAUGAUGAUGUUAAAAUGCGUAAAUUUCUAAAAACAAUUCGUUCACAACAAAAUCAACGUGAAAGUUUACAACGUGAUUAUAUUUAUUUAUUACAAACAUCUUUAUCAGCUGAAGAUGGUCGAUUAUUUGGAGGAACAAAACAUCGUGAUCGAUUGAAAGAACUAUUAGCUGAAUGUCGUAAACGUGAUCCAUCAUUACCAUCAUUUGAUAGUUUGGAAGGAUCAGGUUUGUAUACAGAUUCAUAUGGUUUUAAACAUGAAAAAAGCAAUGAAAACGAUCGUUUACAAUAUAUUUGUGUUAAAUUAACACAUUUUUAUGAUUCAAAAGCGCAUAGUACUGAUGAAAAGGUAUGGCGAUCAUUAAUUAAAAUAUUUCAAAAUAGUUCAACAGUUUCGAAAACAUUGAAAUAUCUUGUACGACAAGGUAUACCAAAUCAUCUUCGUUCUGAAGUUUGGCAUAUUUUUAUUCAAAAACAAAUAAAUCAUAUUCGAAAAGAAAAAGGUUUAUCUUAUUAUCAAAGUCUUUGCCAUUUAUUACCAAAUUCAGAUCUUCAUAAUAAAUUUGAAAAACAAAUUGCACUUGAUCUUUAUCGAACAAUGCCAUCAAAUAUUCGAUUUGCAAAUAAAGAUUCUGAUGGAAUACGUUAUUUACGUCAAGUUCUUCAAGUAUUUUGUUUACAUAAUUCAACAAUUGGUUAUUGUCAAGGAAUGAAUUUUAUUGUUGCUGUUGCACUUUUAUUACUCGAACCUGAAGAUGCUUUUUGGCUUUUAAUAGCCAUAACUGAAUGUCAUUUAAAUAAUUAUUAUGAUACUAGUCUUAUUGGUGCACAAGUUGAUCAAUUUGUUCUUAAAGAUCUUUUAAAACAAAAAGCACCAGAUAUUUAUCAACAUUUUGAAAUCAAUGAAGUUGAAAUAACAUCAUUAACAUUAAAUUGGUUUAUGGCUAUAUUUAUUGAUAGUGUACCAUUUGAAACAUUAUUACGUAUAUGGGAUUGUUUUUUAUUAGAAGGAGCGAAAGUUUUAUUUCGUUUUGCAUUAGCUAUUUUAAUUAUUAAUCGUGAAAGUAUUUUAACUAAAACUGAUACAAUAUCAAUGAUGAAACAAAUUAAAGAUUCAACUAAAAAUUUAAUUGAUGUUGAAAGUCUUUUUAAAAUUGCUUUUGAAGAUUUGAAACCUUUUUGUCAUCGAAAAGAUAUUGCUAUUAAACAAGCUUAUUGGAUGAAAAUGUUAACAGAUAAUGUUCUUAAACGACAAUCAUCAAAAGAUGGUUUUAUAAAACGAGAUUAUGUAUUUCAAGAAAUCAAUCAAUCAUCAACAACACUUGAUUGUGCUGUUGUUCUACCUGGAAACCUUGUUUGGAUUGCAUUUGGUUCACAAUAUUCUUUACAUCUUUUCGAAGUCAGUGUCGACCGUGGUAUUAUGAUUGAUCUUGAGGUCACGUAUAAUUCCCGAGCAUUUUGUAUGACAUGUGUCAAUAGUGAACUUGUCUUAGUUGGUACUCUUUGUGGUACUUUAUUGAGUUUUUCAAUUGAUGAAAGACAAAUUCUAUGGGCUACUAGACUACGAAGUUGUCUUCUUUGUAUGACUAGUUUAAAUAAAAUUAAUUGUAAUCGAAUUUAUUGUGGUUUAUCAGAUGGAAAUUUAGCUAUUGUUGAAUUAUAUAAUCAUCAUGAACCAGAAGAAGCAUUUUGUAUAACUAUAGAUAAAUCAGCUAUAACUGCAGUUGCUUAUCGUAAUGAUAAAUUAUGGUGUUUAAGUUCAAAUAAAAUGACAAUUAUCAAUGAAAAAACAUUAGAUAUUCUAGCAAAUAUUGAUUUAACAUUUGAAAGUCUAGAUCCAACAUCUUUACUUUAUUAUGAUGAUGAUGAUUCUGAUCAUAUAUGGAUAUUACUUCGAUCAACAAGUAAUAUAUUACAAGCAUGGAGUCAAUCAGAAUGUAAAUUACAUGGAACAAUAUGUUUAAAUAAUUUAUUUGAAAAAUUUGGUAAAACAAAUGAACAAUUAACAAUUAUUGAAAAAAAUGUUCAAUUAAAUUCAAUUGAAGAUGGUAAUUCGAGUAAUAUUAUAGAUCAAAUUCGUAUUACUUCAUUUCUUAUACAUAAUGAACAAUUAUGGAUUGGUACAUCAACAGGUAUUAUAUAUGUAUUAAAUUUUUCAUUUGAAAAAAAAUCUAUACGAUCACCAUCAAUAUAUUCAACAAAAAGAAAAUAUUUUCGAAGAUCAUUAAGUGUAACAAAUCAUAUGAUUAAUGAUACAAUUCCACAUUAUAUAUCAGUUUUACCAAAUAUUGUAAAUAAUCGAAAAAAAUCUCGUUCAAGAUCUGAUUCAGCUAUGAAAGAUUUAUUUUAUUCAUCUGAUGAUUGUUGGAAAAUGGAUUAUUCAUCAAAUUGUCAUCUUUAUCGUAUUGCUUUUCCAAUGAAAAUAAAAGAUCAUUCAAUAAAUUCAUAUCGACAUCAUAGACGUCAUCAUUCAACAAUAACUUAUCUAACAAAUGAUAAUGAGAAAAAAAAUCGAAAUAUAGAUUCUGAUGAAACAAGUACAACAUUAACAUCAGCAAAAACACAAUCAUCAAGUCCAGCUGUUAUAUCAUCAGAAGAAUGGUGUCGUGAUAAUCAACAAAUAAAAUUUCCAAAUACAACAAUUAAACAACAACAAAAAUUAUUAGAAGCAUCAGCAACACUAUCAUUUAAUCUUCUAUUUAAAGCAAAAAUAUCUGAUGCACCUGUCAAAUGUAUUUGUAAAACAAAAUGCCAUGAUCAAUUCGUCAUAUUGACAUGUUCAGGUAAACUCGGUGAUGAUGAAGUUGUUUGUCGAUGGAAACAAGUUUCAGAUACAGAUCAAUGGACAAAUGAUGUCAUUGUUGAAUUAAGUCCUGAAACAAUGUUACCUAUUCGACCUCUCUAUGCUCGUCAACAAUAUUUAAAAGAUCAUCGGGAUCGGUCUGUUAGCAUUUCGUCAAGCACUUCUAAGCUUUAA